ACUCUGCAGUAAGUUUAGACUGUGAUGUGCUUCCACUAUUCUGUCAGGAGAACAAAUCAACUUAAAGGAGGCAGGAAACUUCCCACAGAAGAAGCGCACAAGUCAGAAGAACAAAUGAACUUUCUUUAGCCUAAGCAGAGACUAGUUUUAAUACACCAAGGCUUUAAAUACAAGUAGAAGAUUUCCAGUUAGGAGAAGAAAUCUGAACGCAGUGCUACCAGGAGAAGAAAAGGCUAUUUCUUUUCUACAAAAUAACCAAGUAAAUUUAAUGGAAAGGCAUCAUUUAGCUGUUGAGGAAGGAGGAAGGGAAUCGUCCUUGUCUGAGAUCUGAGUGGGGACGGAGCCAGAAAGUUAAGAGAAGCUCAAACAGAUCUCUUCUUCCUCAAAAUUACUUAUGCAGUUUUCCUUCUAACCCCUUUGAGGUGUUCUUGAGUCACAAUGAAUGUAUUUCGGAUCCUGGGGGAUGUGUCUCAUCUAUUAGCUAUGAUCAUGUUGCUGGUGAAGAUAUGGAGAUCAAAGUCUUGUUCUGGUAUCUCAGGAAAAAGCCAAGUACUUUUUGCAGUUGUUUUUACAAGCCGCUAUCUUGAUUUAUUCACAAAUUUCAUCUCCAUCUACAAUACUGUCAUGAAGCUUGUUUUCUUAAUUUGUGCCUACAUUACUGUGUACCUUAUCUACGGGAAAUUCUGUAAAACCUUUGACAAAGAGAAUGACUCUUUCCGCCUUGAAUUCCUUUUGAUCCCUGUCACAGGCCUGUCAUUUCUGGAAAACCACAAUUUCACUCCUUUAGAGGUCCUCUGGACUUUCUCAAUUUACCUGGAAUCGGUGGCUAUACUUCCGCAGCUUUUCAUGAUUAGCAAAACAGGGGAGGCAGAGACUAUCACUACACACUAUCUUUUCUUCUUAGGCCUCUACCGUGCCCUCUAUUUAGCCAACUGGAUCUGGCGCUACCAAACAGAAAACUACUAUGAUCAAAUUGCUGUAGUUUCUGGAGUUGUACAGACUAUCUUUUAUUGUGACUUUUUUUACCUCUACGUUACUAAAGUAUUGAAAGGAAAGAAGUUGAGCCUCCCAAUGCCCAUCUGAAGAGGUACAUAAGCAAAGCAUGUUCCUGAAGACCCUUCAAGAUUGCAGGAUUUUUUUUUCCUGCCAUGUGGUUCAGCUAUCCUUCUGAGAACUUGCCUGUUCCUCUACACUGUGAUUAGCAAAUUUCAGACUGUACCUAAAGACUGAGGUCUGGAUGGCUAGCGAUUCUUCAGUGUUGAGCAAUACUUAAGCAUUUGCAUUUUUUUAUAUUAAAGCAAUCUUUUAUAUGGAGCAUUCCUUUGGUAAUUAAACUGCUUCUAACAAAUAAAGUAGUACACUUCA